AUAAUAAAUGCUUAUACUGGUGGCUUAUGUAACCUCGUGAUAUAUUGUCUCAUUCUCACUUGUGGCUACCUACAACUGCACCAGGAUCUUUUUACAUUAGCUAAAGCUACAGGACAAACGUGGCAACGUAUGCUGUCUACUUACGAAGUUCUGUACACAAUGUCUUCCAACAAAAACUGGUCAGCUGAUGAAGAGCAUUCUUCAAAGUUAGUAAGAAAAGCGAAAGAGUCACCAUUUGUACCUAUAGGCAUGGCUGGAUUCCUUGCAGUAGUCGCCUAUGGAUUGUAUAAAAUGAAAUCGCGAGGUGACACCAAAAUGUCGAUACAUCUUAUUCACAUGCGUGUAAAAGCACAGGGUUUUGUGGUUGGAGCUAUGACACUUGGUGUAAUAUAUUCUAUGUAUAAACAGUACUUGGACCCCAGCAAACCAGGAAUAAUGAGUGGAAUAAUGAUUCUGAGGAACAAGAAUUUUACAUACUGACAUUGACAUUUUCCACUUUUAAUAAACAUUACUGUGACUGUUAAAACACAAUGAA